CCAGGUCAAUGACUUGUCGGUUUCAAAGUCCGUGGUUACGACUGUUUAGUUUCAAUGGCAAAGCUAAUUUGAGUUGUCAGGAUGUGAGUUUUUUUCCAUUUGCAAUCAAACAUCAGCUGAUAGGCAAAGAGCUCAAAGCCGUGCUUUACGUUUAAGAUAAUGGGAAAAAUAGCAGGCACUUAGUGUUGCCAUACCAGGGGUGUGGCGCUUCCCUCUUGUUAGUCCUGCUCUCUCCUUCUCUGUGUCUCUCAUGAUAAGCUCAAUGGGGUUGUCUAUUUUUAACCUCCUGUUCUUUUCUUUUGGCAGAGUCAUCAGUGCGAGCCGAGCCUUUCCCUGAAUGAAUCCAAGUAACCCCGGUGGUUGCCUUCUGCAAGGACCAGCAGAGCCCGCAUCUGUGCCGAGGCCGCCCGAGGUCCGAACUCGGGGCUGUCGGGGACCAUGGCCAGCCAGGGAAGUCCUGGCGCCGGGUUUUCCACGACGACCCUCAGUUCCGUAGCUGUGCAGGCUGGGGACUCCAAGAUCGUCAUCGCCGUCUUAAAGUGUGGCAAAUGGGUACGACUUCAGGUGGCUGACUCACAGCCCAAUCUUCUAGAAAUUGGUAGCAAUCAAGACGAAACCAAAAAACUCCUUCACGAUCAUGAGCUUCUUCUGGCCAAACUUAAGGCUUUGGAAGAUCGAGUCUGGGAACUCUUGCAGGAAGCAGACAAGACAGCUGAAGAGAACAAAGAUCAGAGUCAGGUCUACGACGCCAUGGCCCAGACCCUGGGCGAAGCGUGGGCAGGCCUGGUCUCCAUGCUUGAAAGAAGACGGGACCUCCUUAUGCUGACCUCGGAAUUUUUUGAAAAUGCCUUGGAGUUCGCUAUUAAAAUAGAUCAAGCUGAAGACUUCCUCCAGAAUACUCAUGAAUUUGAGAGUGCCGAGUCCUUAAAGUCACUUCUUCGGCUUCAUGAGCAUCACUCUAAAGAACUUCUAGAAAAAUCUCUAGCGCUUCUAAACAAAAGUCAACAACUCACGGACUUCAUAGAAAAAUUCAAAUGUGAUGGGCCUAAUAUGAAUCCUGAAUUAAUUCAAGGAGCUCAUAGCAGCUGUCUGAAGAUUGACAGCCUUCUUGAACUUCUACAAGACAGGAGAAGGCAACUAGACAAGUACCUGAAGCAGCAAUGGCAAGAAUUGGGUCAGGUCCUGCAGAUUUGCCAGUGGGACCAACAAGAAAACCAGGUUACUUGUUGGUUUCAGAAAACCAUAAGAGAUUUACAGGAACAAAGUCUAGGUUCAUCACUUUCAGACAAUGAGGAGCUAAUUCGCAAGCAUGAGGAACUGAUCAUAAAAGCAAAGGAAUGGACUUUGGCUGUGGAGAAGCUGGAGAGUGAGGCCCGGGGGAUCCUGCUGUCAAAAGACCAUGCGGAGAACGAACAUCUGCAGCUCUCUAAUCAGAAACUGAAUCGGCUUCAAGAGGAAUUGGGUCAGCUCAUGGUGGAAAGGAAAACCUGGUUACAGAAGGCCAAUGAAUUUUUCAGCAGUGCUAACAAGGCAUUUGAUGUACUUGGAAGAGUUGAAGCUUACCUUAAGCUCCUUAAAGCAGAGGGUUUAAGCCUGCCUGUCUUGGCAGCGAGGCAUGAGGAAUUACACCACGAAAUUAAAGCCUGCACAGCUGAUGCUUUGCAAAAAGGACAAACCUUAAUCAGCCAAGUAGACUCCUGCAGCUCUCGGGUGGCCGGCGUCCGUGAGAUGCUGGGAUGCAUUCGGAGGCGAGUGGAUCAUCUGACCGAACAAUGUUCUGCGCACAAGGAGCUUGCUCUUAAGAAACAACAAUUGGCAGCAUCAGUGGAGGGCUGCCUAAGGAAGGUAGAAAUGUCACUUCAGAAAAUGAGUCCAGUACUUUCCAAUGCAAUGGAUAUUGGUUCCAGCCUUUCUGAAUCUGAAAAGAUUUUGAAUAAAUAUCUGGAACUAAAUACCCAAAUAAAGGAGACAUCACAUGAAUUAGAAGCAGCUGUAAAAAUGAUGACAGAGAAAAAUGAAUUUGAACCCAACGAAGUAGCAUCACUUUCUUCUAAAGCUAAAUGCCUAGAGGGAGAAUUAAACUUACUUAGCAAAAGCAUUGGCUCCAGGUCUCAAGUCCUGCAAACUUACGUGACAUUUCUGAAGUCAUCAGAGGAGGUAGAGGUGCAUUUUCAGAGCCUAAAGGAGUUUUAUCAAAAUGAAAUCUCUCAGAAGGAAGAUGAGGACGUUAACACCAAGAACUGGUCUGAGAAGCAGUGGCAUCUAUUUUUAAAGAAGAGUUUUUUCACCCAAGACCUAGGGCUUGAGGUCCUGAAUUUAAUAAAUAUGGCAAAGGAGAAUGAGAUAUUCAAUGUGAAGCAUGAAGUGAACAUUAUAGAGAACACCAUGGAAAACCAGAAAGCAGCAAGGGAAGAACUUAGUCACUGUCGGAUGGCCUGGCAACGGAAAUCCACUGAAAGCAAGCCUUUGAAACAGCAGUGGGCAAUAUUUAAAGACAAGCUUAAAAGGACUGCACACAACUUAAAACUUCUCGAGGAAGUACUUAUGCCCGUGUCUGCACUUGACCUUGGAGGGAGCCUCCAGACCAUUCUAGAUCUACGUCAAAAAUGGAAUGAAAUGAAGCCUCAGUUCCAGCAACUGGAUGAUGAAGUUCAGUACAUCAUGAAUGAAUCAGAAGAACUGAGUGGCAAAGGGGCCCCCGUGAGAGAGAAGUCUCAGCAGCUGAAGGACCUUGUCCACCUCCACCAGAAACAGAGAGAGAGAAUCCAAGCUUACGAGGUCAUCCUGUACAAGACAGUCCAGUUCCACCGAGUCAAGGAAGAGCUGGGGCGUCUCAUCAGUUCAGGAGAGGACGAGUUGCCGGGGCAGCUGAAGGACUUGGAUGACGCACACGGUGUCCGGGUUCACCUUGGCCGCUCUCAGGAGAAGCAGGCCCACGUGGACAGUCUCCACAAGCUGGCGCUUUCCUUAGGAGUGGGCAUCAUCUCAGCAGUGCAGUGGCCUAACUGCUCCAAUGUCUCUGCGAAGAAGCUGCAGCAGCAGUUGGAGAGCCUGGGGGAGGACAGCAGGGUCUGGACCGCCCGAGCCGAGGAGCGGGCGCGGACCCUGUCCCGCAGCCUGGAGUACUGUAGCACAAGAGAUGAGAUCCACGAGCUCAAAGAUUCAUUCAAAGAUAUCAAAAAGAAAUUCAACAAUUUGAAGUUUAAUUAUACUAAAAAAAAUGAAAAAGCUCGAAAUCUGAAGACUCUUAAGUAUCAAAUUCAACAAGUUGAUACAUAUGCUGAAAAAAUGCAGGUUUUGAAAAGGAAAAUAGAGAAAGUUGGUAAUAGAAUUUCUGAUACAUUCUUGAAUUAUCCAAGUAACAAAGUUAGUGUCCUUUUGGAAGCCAUGAAGGAUUUGCAAAAACAUGUGGAUGACUUUGACAAAGUUGUUACAGAUUACAAAAGGAAUUUGGACCUGACCGAGCAUCUUCAGGAAAUAAUAGAAGAGUGUCACUUUUGGUAUGAAGACGCAAGUGCCACGAUUGUGAGAGUUGGAAAAUAUUCCGCAGAGUGCAAGACGAAGGAAGCCGUGGAAAUUCUCCACCAGCAGUUCCAGAAGUUCAUCACACCCUCGGUGCCGCAGCAAGAGCAGAGGCUCCGGGAAGUCACCGACCUGGCUCAGCGCUUGUAUGGCAUGGAAGAAGGGCAGAGAUAUGCUGAGAAAAUUGUGGCAAAACACAAAGAGCUUCUGGAGUCUGUUGGUGAAUUAUGUGGGUCUCUGACAGAGCUUGAAGAAAAACUGAAGGGAGAUGUGUUAAAGAUGAACCCACACUUGGAGGACUUCCAUGAGCAUUGCAUUGACCUAUUAAAGGAGCCAGCAAGAAAUAAGCAGACGAUAUUCAGUGAAGGAAGGAACAAGGAUCAGGUGCAGGUGGCAGACGUUUUGGUCACCGAUGGAUCAGAGGAAGAGCGGCUUCCACGGGAGCUGAAGCAGCUGGCCCCUGUCCAAGAGGGUGGCCUCCAAGACCUGCUCCUGCCUGAGGACGUGCUGUCAGGAGAGGAAUCUGAGUGUGUCUCCCCAGAUGACAUCUCUUUGCCCCCGCUCCCGAGGAGCCCCGAGUCCCCGCUGGCACCAUCUGACAUGGAGGUGGAAGACGCACAUAGCUCCUACUCCCCCGGCCUGCACACCAGCACCUGUAGGAUGCGGACCGGGGCCAGCAGUCCCGGGGAGGCCCAGGAAUCUGUUCUUCCUCCGCCUGCUGCUUUCGCUGAUGCAUGCAGUGAUAAGGGAAAAGCGUUUUCAAGUCGUUUGGAGAGGCCUUGCCCCCAGUUCGAAUGGGAGCCCCCAGUAACCUCAGGAGGAUUUCUGGAAAAGAGUCCUGCCUCAUGCAAAUUCAGUGCUAACCAUCCAGAGAGCAUGCUGAGGGCAGUGCAUGCCGGGGCCUCCCAGCAGCACCCUCCUGCUCCGGGGAGUUUGCUAGAGACGUGGGGGCAGAUGCAUGCUGAUAAUAACGCCACUAAACCCCGAGAGCGGCUGCAUGCUGUGCCUGACGCCGUCUCCAGCCUCAGCUCCCCAUCAAGCACCAGCCAGGGCUGUCAGAGGCAAGUGGUUCCCCGAGAAGAAAUUAGACGCACAUCAGCAAAGAACAGAGUGGUCAGCCUAGCUGGCCAGGCUCCGCACUUCUCCAGGCUCCUGUCUAAUGUAACUGUCGUGGAAGGUUCUCCAGUGACUUUGGAAGUGGAAGUGACAGGAUUUCCAGAGCCUACACUGACAUGGUACAAGGAGGGCCAGAAAUUGUCUGCAGAUGAGCACUUGCAGGUUGUACGCAAGGAGACAAGGCACUCAGUGUUCAUUCCAAAGGUAUGCAAGGGAGAUACAGGCCUGUAUGUGGCUUGGGCCCAAAACUCCAGUGGAACUCUCUCCUCGCAUGCUAUCCUCCACGUGACAGGUAACUGCAGGCCACCGAUCACAAGAAUUAACUGGGUAACGCUGGGUGUUAUCUAUCUUAGUGUAUCCCUGAUAUACUGGCUGCUCACUCAGUAACUCCGGUGUUAACGUGAACGGACGUCUUUCUUGCAACCUGAAGGGACAGCACGGUUCUUUUACACGAAACACCCCACAACAAGUGUACCUCUACUCUGGCCAUUUUGCUUGUUUGGCUAAUACCACUACUUGGAAAAAUAAUCAAAUUUUCUCUAGCAUUUAAUGUGUUUGAGGAGCCUUAUAGUGAGUAAGAAUAUUUUUUGUACUCUUAGGAAGACAUGUGUUCAAUAUAAUACAUCGCAAAGUUCUAUUUAUUGCCUCUAAAUAUUUUGAAUCUUUAAAAAUCUUAGUUAGCAUGUAAUACUUGCGCAUUGUCAUAGGUUACCAUGCAAUAUUUCAAUACAUGUGUAAAGUAUAAAGUGAUCCAAUCAGGCAGUUAGCAUUCCGUGUCUUUAUCUUGUGUUUGGAGCCUCCUAGGCCUCUCUUCCAGUUCUUUAAUCAGUAUAUGAUACAUUAUUGUGAACUACAGUCACCCACGGUGAUGUGGGACACCAGUUCUUAUUACUUCUAACUGUGUCAUGUUUUCCGUCAUCCAUCAGCACUCCCCCUACUCUUCCAAGCCUCCAGUAACCACUAAUCUGGGUUCAGAUGAGUUUUAUUAAGUCUCCACAUAGGGGAGAGAACAUGCGGUAUUUGUCUGUCUUUGUUUGGCUUAUAUCAUUGAACAUAAUGACUCCCAGUUCCACACACAUUUUGCUACAAAUGUCAGGAUUUCAUCCAUUCAUUCUUUUUUUAAAAAAAUAUUUAUUUUUUUGAAAAGCAGAGUUAUAGAGAGAAUAAGAGAGAGAAAGAGACAGGCAGACAGGAGAGAGGAGAUAGAGGGGAGAGAGAGAGCUUCCAUCUGCUGCCUCACUCCCCAAAUGGCCACAGAGUUGGGGCUGAGCUAGUCUAAAGCCAGAAACCUGGAACUCCAUCCAGGCCUCCCACAUAGGUGGCAGGGCUGCAACUACUUGGGCUGUCUUCUGCUGUCUUCUUAGGCACUUUGUCGGGGAGCUUGAUUGGAAGUGGAGUAGUAAGGACUCCAACCAGUUCCCAUACAGGCUGCCUGCAUGGCAGGUGAUGACUUAACCCACUGUACCACAAUGUGGGCCCUAGGUUUCCUUUUUUAUGACUGAAUUCCAGUGUGUACACAUGCCACAUGUUCUUUAUUCAUUCAUCCAUUGAUAGAUAGCUAGGUUGAUUCCAUAUCUUGACUUUUGCACAUUGUGCUACAGUGGACAGGGGAAUGCAGUUAUGUUUUUCAUAUGCUCAUUUAAUUUUCUUUGAGUGUAUUCUCAGAAGUGGGAUAGCUAGAUAAUGUGGUAAAUCUAUUUAUAGUUUUCUGGGGAACCUCCAUACCAUUCUUCAUAAUGAUUGUAUCAGUUUACAUUCCUACCGACCAUGUAUAAAGUUUCUUUUUCUCCACAUCUUCACUAGCCUUUGGUUUUUUUUUUUUGUCUUUUUGAUAAUAGCCAUUCUAACUGGAGUGAAAUGAUACAUAUGCAUUUCCCUGGUGGCUAGUGAUAUUGAGCUCUUCUGCAUGUAUUUGUUGGCUAUUGUGAAAUGUCUAUUUAGAUCCUUUGUCCAGUUAUUCACUGGAUUUUUUUGUCCUUGAGUUUUUUAAUUCCUUACAUAUUCUAGAUGUUAACCCUUUGUCAGAUGCAUAGUUUACAAAUAUUUUCUCUAUUCUGUCUUUUCACUCUGUUUAUUAUUUCCUUUGUUGGGCAGAAGCUUCUAAGUUUUCUACAAUCCAAUUUACCUAGUUUGGCUUUUGUCGCCUAUACUUUUGGUGGCCUUAUUAAAAAAUUGUUGCCUGUAAUAAUGUCUUAAAAUGUUUAUCCUGUUUUUUUCUUCUAGUAGUUCCUAGUUCUGAUUUUACAUUUAGGACUUUGAUCUAGUUUGAGCUGACUUCUCUGUAGGGUGAGCAAUAGGGAGGGUCUAGCUUCAGUCAUCUGCAAAUGGAUAUUCAGUUUUCCAGCACCAUGUAUUGAAGAAAGUACCCUUUUUUGAGUGUAUUUUUUGGUGCUUUUGUUGAGAAUGAGUUGAGUCUAGAAAUGGAUCAAUUUGGAUUCAUUUCUGGGAUCUCUGUUGUGUUCCAUUGGUCAUUGUGUCUGUAUUUAUACCAGCAGUAUAUUGUUUUCAUACAGUGACUGUACUGUGCCUUGAAAUCUGGUAUUGUGAUGCCUCCAUCUUUGUUCUUUUAGUUCACGAUUGCUUUGGCUACUCAGGGGCUUUUGUGCAUCCAUAUUAAGGUUUUUUUUAUUCCUGUGAAUAAGCUUAUUGGUAUUUUCAUGGGGAUUGCGUUUAAUCUCUAAGUCAUUUUGGAUAGCAUGAUUAUUUUAAUAAUAAUAAUCUCACAGCCCAUGAAUAUGAAAAAUCUUUGUGUGUGUGUGUGUGUGUGUGUUCUACAAUUUCUUUCAUUGGUAUUUUGCAAUUUUCAUCGUGGAGACCUUCCACAUCCUUAAUGAAAUUUAUUCUGAAGUAUUUUUUAGUGAUUGUGAAUGAGAUUGUUCUUAUAAUAUCUUUGUCAUUGAGUUCAUUAUUGGUGCACAAAAACUGAUUUUUGUGUGUUAAUAUUGUAUCCUGCAAUUCUGCUGAAUUUAUUUUUUAACUCUAACACUCUUUUGUGGAGUCUAUAUUUUUCUGUAUACAGAAUAAUGUCAUCUCCAAAGAGGUGGAAUUUGACUUCCUCCUUUCCUAUUUGUGUGCCUUUUAUUUCUUUCUUUUGCUUUAUUGCUCUGGGUAAAACUCAAGGACUGUAUUGAAUUAGAGAGAUGAAACAUGGAACAUCCUUGUCUGGUUCCAGAUUGUAGGGGAAAUAUUUUCAGCAUGUGUCCAUUCAAUAUGAUGUUGACUGUUUAUUUUGUCCUCGUGUAUUUAUGUAUUUACUUUUCCAUUUUAAUUUAUUUUUAACAGAUUCAAUAUGAUUUAUAGAUACAAGUCUAAUAAUAUAAUCAUAUUCUCCUCCUCCCUUCCUCCCUCCCUCUUACUCUCCUUCCUUCUACCCUUUUUGACAUAACAUAUUUUAAAUUUAUUCCCUCCUAAUUUACAAGUAUCCAGAUGAAGGCUCAUAUCACCAGAGAUGUGAGCUAAAUUCCAAAUCUAAUUGUUUGAUAAUAUAUUUUUAAUCAUACUCAUAAACAUGUCUUUGUAGGGAAUAACAGGAAUAUUGACUGAAGUUGUAAUUUCCAUGAUUGCAUGAGCUAUUCUUUGAUCUUUUGUUCAUGUACUGGUCUCAUUUACUGAAAUACAACUUAUGUAGUUUCUACAUAGACCACAUUCCUGAACCUGAGGAUGCCACUACAGUCAUUUCAUGUUGAUGUCAUGGGUUUGAAAUUGGAAAAUAGGCAUGCUGUCAACUUUAAUGCAUUUUCAUUCUUCCAUCAGCUCUGCAUGUCAUAUAGUGAGAUAGACCACAGGCUGGAGAAAUGGAAUGGACUGUUACUCCUGUCAUUCCAUCAAUGUGGUUCUGGUAGCCAUGAAUAUACAACUGCAAGCAGGUCUUCCUGAUUCUGGCCUUUUUUUUUCCCAAGAAAGACUGACUGAUACAUUAUUUCAUUCCCAAAUGCCAGGGCUGGGCCAGACCAAAGCUAGGAGCCCAGAAUUCCAUCCAGAUCUUCCAGGUGGGUGGCAGGGACUCAAGUACUCAAGCCAUCAUCUGCUGCUUCCCAUGAUGCAUUAGCAGGAAGCUGCAUUGGAAGCAGAGUAGGCAGGGCUCAAACCAGCACUUCUAAAUGGAAUGUGGGACUCCAAGUUGUAGCUUAACAUGCUGUACCACAACACCCACCCCUGCUUCUAACCUUGAUUUUGCUGCUGACUGCUUUUAUAAUCUGUGGCAAGGUAUCUCAUUACCUCAGUGUGGUAUGGAAAAUGGGUUCAUCAUCUACCUCUUGGGCAACUGAGAGUUUUCAUUUCAUGUCUUAUCAAGACCCAGAAAGAAGAAAACAUUCCCUGAAGGCUGAGGGUCAGUCUAUUGUUUGACAUCAUCUAUCAUUGCAUUGGUCUACUGCCCACUCUUUCUCUUCCAGAUGCUAUUUCUUUAGACUAUUAAAGAAGUGCUGUUAAGAUGUAAUUUCUAACUAUGCCCAUGGAAGAAAAUGAUGUUUUAUGAAUUGAAGCUUAGAUUCCCUUUCAAUUUCUUAAGGACUACAUCCUUUUCAAAGACAUGAAUUAAACUCAGGAGAAUGCACUUAAUAUGUUUUAGCAGGGGUGGGGAGGCAUGGAAGUAGGUAAUAAGAUAGUAUAAAAAGUUCUAUUUCUUUAAAAUAAUUAUCACUGUAAUAUUGAAAUGAAUUCUACACCUUUCUGAAAUACAUUAUUCAGAAAAGAAGAUCAUCCUUUUUGGUUACUGUGGAAAAUAAGCUUGAAUGAGAGACACAUUUAUUUUUUAGAUUUUAAAGAUAGUCUUGUCAUACAAGGGCAAAAUCUUUGUGAAAGAAUAAUUCAUUAAAGAUUUUUGAUGAGCAGAAGGAACUGAUUAUGUUGCUGGAAGGCUGUCUACAAAUAGUCAAAAUAUUUAAAUGUAAUAUAUUCAAGUUGGUAUUUAAAAGUUACUAAAUGUCUGAAGAUGUGAAAUUUGUAGUGAAGUAAAAAGUUGUCAUAUUCUGUCAUGUGCUGCAUAUUCAACUUAAUUAAAAAUUAAAAUUCUUAAUUUUCUUCCAGAUUUUGACAGAAACCUUUUAAAAGCUUAUAUGCAUGGUGUUUUAGGGAACUCCUAGUCUCUUAACUUUUCCAUCCCAUUCUUUUGACAAUUUCUAGUAUUUGUGUAUGGUAACCAGCUGCUGUUGCCCACAUUGAAGCUAAAGAGUAAAGCCUUUGCAUGUCUAAGGCAGGCAGGCAGGACAUGGUAAGGGAUUCUCUCUCUCCUCACUUUUGAAUUUCUUUUAUGUUCAUUUGGUGGGAUCUCCCUUCACAAUCUGUCAGCUUCAUUGAAUAAAUGUUGUAGGAUUGAUUUGACAUGAAAAUUGCUGGUUUGCUUUCCCUGUGGCAUGCUGGCUAACGUUAAUCCUUUGGGAAGUAAAGUAGGCUAUAUAUGCAUCCAUGGCAUAAGACAAAACACGGGGUAUGAAGUCACCUAAUAUACAAAUAUGUAUAAUAUGAAUAUAUACAGAGCUCAGACAUGGGUAAGAAGUACUAUUCUCAAAUUCAUUAUAUGGUUCAAAGAGUUUCUCUUUAUUUGUCUACUUCUUCUUCUGGGCUAUCAGUGGAUUGGAAAUUCUCACAGCAAUGAAGAAUAAUAAGAUAUUCAGUUCUUAUUUUGAUUGUAUUCUAAUGUCAGACAUGUAAGUGUGAUUUUUCAGAACUAGAACUCAAGCACGCUGAUGUGCGAUGAGGGGCAUCCCAGGUGGUUUCUUCUUUUUUUUUAUUUGUUUAUUUAUUUGAAAGGUGGAAUUAGACAGAAGUAGAGGCAGAGAGAGGGAGAG